UCACAAGGUGGACUAGAUGUCUCGACUUUACCUGAUUUGAUUGACACAUGUUUACUACAUAUUUGGAUAAAACUUCUGACUGAGAAUAACCUAUGGGCCAAAAUUAAAAGACCAAUAAUUGAAAGGAGCAUAUAUAAUAAAAGAAGCAUUGAAGUUAAAGCUAAAAUAGAAGAUAAUGAAGAGGUACUUAGUAAUAUCACAAAUUGGAGUCAACUUAUUAAUGAAUCAUGGAAAAACAGCUGGAAAUGGAUGAGUGACUCAGGCAAAUGCCCAAACUGCCCCAAUAUAAUACAAUCACCAGAACACUUCACUCUCAACUGCCCUAUAAGCAAAAAAAUAUGGAAAAUAGCCUUAGACUUAGUAGCCCCUUCAGCAAAACUUAAAAUACCCGAAAACCUGAAUGAUAUGUUUUCAGAUUACUAUACAGGCAACAUUUACUUGAGAAAUUGGAUAAACAUUAACGUCAUAUACGAAAUUUGGUUCUGGUAUAUGCAAGUGAAAUGGGGAAACCCCAUGUUCGAUCCCGCUCUAGAAUCAGUGAUCAAAUACAAACUUAAAAAAGCAAUAAAAGCACUAAGUUAUGAUAGUAAAGGAGACGUUGAGGGCAAAUUUGUUACUCAUCCAUUUCCAGCU